AUGUGAUUUACUUUUUUUUAUUUGAUUAAAUCUAUUAUUAUUAUUAUUCCUUUACUUAUUGCUGUUGCAUUUUUAACUUUAGCAGAACGAAAAAUUUUAGGGUAUAUGCAAAUAAGAAAAGGACCAAAUGUUGUUGGAGGGGGGCUUCUUCAACCUUUUGCAGAUGGGGUGAAAUUAUUUAUUAAAGAAAUGAUUCUUCCCCAUCAAGCAAAUAAAUUUGUUUAUCUUUUGGCUCCAGUUAUAUCUUUUACAUUAGCUUUCUUUGUUUGAGGUUUUCUUCCUUAUGAGAAAGGAGUGAGUAUUAGUGAUUUUAAAAUUAGUCUUUUAUGAAUUUUGGCUAUUUCUUCUAUUAGUGUUUAUGCAAUUUUAAUGUCUGGAUGAGGAAGUAAGUCUAAAUAUGCUUUUUUGGGUGCUAUUCGGGCGGCGGCUCAAAUGAUUAGUUAUGAGGUUUCAAUUGGGCUAAUUCUUAUUUCGGUUUUAUUAUGUGUUGGUUCUUUAAGUGUUACUGAAAUUGUUUUAGCGCAAAAUAAUGGUAUUUGGUUUUUUUUUCCACUAUUUCCUGUUACAAUAAUGUUUUUUGCCUCGAUUUUAGCAGAGACUAAUCGUGCUCCUUUUGAUUUAACAGAAGGAGAGUCAGAGCUUGUUUCGGGAUAUAAUGUUGAGUAUGCUUCGAUGUCUUUUGCUUUAUUUUUUCUUGCUGAAUAUGCACAUAUUAUUUUAAUGAGUUGUUUAACAACGAUUUUUUUUUUGGGAGGAUGGCUUUCUCCGAUUCCAGAUUUUAAGGGUGGGGCUGGAUGGUUUGGUUUUAAAGUUGUUUUUAUUAUUUUUUUUUUUAUUUGAGUAAGGGCUUCAUUUCCUCGAAUUCGAUAUGAUCAGCUUAUGGCUUUGUUAUGAAAAGGGUAUUUGCCUUUAAGUUUAGGAAUGGUCAUUUUUGUGGCUAGUGUUCUCUUUGGGUUUAAUGGCCCCCCUCCUAUUUAA